UAUAACCUAACCGCCUUUGGGAAUUAAAACGAGGGAAUAUAAUUUUCUUUUUGUCUUUAAGUUUUUCAAAAUGUUGACUGUUGUAGUAUCAAACCCCCCGCCCUAAGCAAAACCCAUGGCCAUCGGAACGCCAAAAUUCUCGCCGGUGCUCCUCCACCUCCUAACCCUCAUCCUACUCACCACACCUCCGCUCUCUUGCUCCUUCCCCAUCCCCACCACCUCCUUCCACGCCCUCUUUUCUCUGUCCGACUCUCUCCUCACCCGCGUCGCCAACCUACGCGCCUCCCGAGGUGACAUUUCCGGGUCACUCAGGGCCAGAUCCAUAGCCCAGAAGAUCGAGAAACACAGCCAUGGGUUUAGCUUCUAUGGAGUCAUGUGGUCUCUUGGCUGGGACUACAUGAAAAACUACGCAUGGCGAGACAUAGGAAUAACGUCCUCUGAAAUGUUCGGUGCUGUGUCCGAUAUGAGCGAAUUGAUUAGGGGUUUGAGUGAGUUGACUCGGAUGGAAUCGGAGGCAGAGCGGGUAGCGUGGGUGCGUCGGAACUAUGGUAGCGUGCUCACAGUUUCCAAGUCCCUCUUCAAUCGCUUACUCAGAGUUUUCAGUCGAUCGGGUCCAUUGAAGGAUGCGGUUGAGAUGAUACAAGCAGAAAUUGUGGAUGGUGGGUUGCUAAAGGAUUGCCUUGAACUGGGUAGCAGUGAUUUAAAGGGUGUGAUUCAAAUACUAAAAGAUCUAGCUUUACAAUACUCUUCUACAACUGGGAAAACCGAGUUAUAAUGCAAAGUAGGGGAGGUGUUUGUGGGCGAUGUUACUGCAGUUGGUGUUGGUGUUGAUCUUUGAUGGCGGAGGAUAUAGAAGGGUGGCGGUGGUGUUAUGGCAGUGGUGAUGAAUUGUUGGAUUUCUGGGUUUGAGUGGAAGUGUCCGACUGGGGUGGUAGUAGAAGGCAGAUGUUGAUGGCGGAGGUGCUGAUUAGAAGAGUGCAUAUUUAAUAAUUUUCUUUAAAACAGUAGUAAUAAAUCAAUAAUAAAUAAAAUGAAAAAAUAAAUAAAUAAGGGUAAUAUGUCUUUUCAUGAGG